CUCGGCCACAGCCGCGCUCAGGUCCCGCCGAGCGCCGCCCGCCAGGCCGCCGCCUCGGCUUCCCCUUGCCCUUGGCCGGCGCGGAGGGGACGGGGCAAAGGAAGCCGGUGGUGUUCCCGUACGCUCGGGUUCGGAUUUUUCAGCAGGGGGAACUUUAUAUCCCGGGUCGACGAGGAGCGGCGGGCCACCGCGGAGGAGAGCGAGGAUGAUGCUGCUGAUGUCGCCGCGAUGUAUCGCGCUCGGGGGGCUCUGGUGAGACACGCAGCUCCCAGAUAGGCGCCCGCCUGUAAGAGGCUGUAGUGGUGCUGUUGCACGAAGGAGCUUCCCGUCUGAUUUAAACCUCAAACGGACGCUUUCAUUUCUAUUAUUUUUUUUUUUUAUUUUCCCCAACUGGGCUGCUUGCCUGGACGCUAAGGCCAGCGAGCAUCUUGAGGGGUUUGCUUUCCUUUUGUCCUGGAGACUUCUCUGCAACUAACGGAAGAGUCCGUGCUGUGUGUGUGGUACCCUUUCCUCUGCCCUCCAGCGUUUCGUGCAUGUGCUAUUGGAGCUGCUCCGAUCGGCGAAGGCUGUGCAAGAGCCCCCGCCCGCCUCCUUCCUCCUCCUCUUGCCUUCCUCCCUUGUUCAUCGUUCUGUGUCUUGCUGGUGGUUUGGCCCCUGCGCCGACGCCCGCGAGCAACGCCUCCCUGCCUGGAGACUUUCUUUCGCCCCCCUCGGCUUGCGACGGUCCCGCCGCGGACACUACGAUCCGCUCCCUCUGGCUGGAUUUUCCCCUUUUGACAAGGGGCAGAAGAGGAGAGAGGUAUCGCCUUCGCCUGGGGUUUCCGGCCUUACAAUCGCAUCGACCACUUGCGAGUCCGUGAAGGGGAUUAUUCGCUCCCUCUGAGGGGCGGCUGUUGCCUUCCCCCUGCGCCCCGUCGGGUCCCGUCCCGCCGUGCCCGGGCGUUGUGGGCGCCGCCCGCCGGUCGAAGCGUAGCCCAAAGAGCGUGGAGCGCUGGUGACCGUCCCAAGCGCGGCCCGUACGCCUUUCCCGGCCACCUUCAGCCUUCCUUGGAACAACAGCAACAAAGGACGCCGCGGCUGGGGAAUGUCCCCGCGGCGGGGGCACUGAGCCGCGCCUCGCCACGGUGCUGCCCGCGGCGGCGAAGGGAAGGCGGUCGGCGGGUGUCGCCGCUCCUGUCCCCUUGGCGCACCGGGUGUGAAGCCGGGGCAGGGCGGGGAGUCUCGCCGUGAGAGCCGCGCUGCGAGGGAGACCCGCCGCGGCCGGAGCCAUGUUCCCCCAGAGCCGGCACCCCGACGGCGGGGGGUCGCCGCCGGGCGAGGCAGCAUCCGCCGAACACAGCGCCCGGAAUGGGGCUGGCUGUGCCUCCGCGGCGGGGGUCGGCGGGGAGGAGCCGGCACAUCCCGCUUUCGUGUAGACGGCGGCGGCAGGAGCGGGUGGGUCAGAGCCGGAGCGCGGUUAACCUCGGCCCCACCGCAGAUGAGGGACGGGAAGACUCCGCACCAGGCUGCGGGCCAGCCUUUCAAAUUCACCAUCCCGGAGUCCCUGGACCGCAUCAAAGAAGAGUUCCAGUUCCUCCAGGCGCAGUACCACAGCCUUAAAUUGGAAUGUGAGAAACUGGCAAGCGAAAAGACGGAAAUGCAGAGGCAUUAUGUGAUGUACUAUGAAAUGUCGUAUGGAUUAAACAUUGAAAUGCACAAACAGACAGAAAUCGCGAAGAGAUUGAAUACAAUUUGUGCACAAGUCAUCCCAUUUUUGUCUCAGGAACAUCAGCAACAAGUGGCCCAAGCUGUAGAACGUGCCAAACAAGUGACCAUGGCUGAAUUGAAUGCCAUCAUCGGGGUACGUGGCCUUCCAGGUCUACCUCCUACACAGCAGCAGUUGCAGGCUCAGCAUCUCUCCCAUGGCCAUGGACCUCCAGUGCCUCUAACGCCGCAUCCAUCAGGACUUCAGCCUCCGGGAAUCCCUCCACUUGGAAGCAGUGCUGGCCUUCUUGCCCUCUCCAGUGCUUUGGGUGGGCAGUCUCACUUGGCAAUAAAAGAUGACAAGAAGCAUCACGAUGCAGACCACCACAGAGACAGAGAGCCAGGCACAAGUAAUUCUCUGUUGGUCCCUGACAGUCUGCGAAGCACAGAUAAACGCAGGAAUGGCCCUGAAUAUGCCAAUGACAUCAAAAAGAGAAAGGUGGAUGAUAAGGAUUCCAGCCACUAUGACAGUGAUGGGGACAAGAGUGACGAUAACUUGGUUGUAGAUGUAUCCAAUGAGGAUCCUUCUUCCCCGCGGGCAAGUCCCACUCAUUCACCGCGCGAAAACGGCAUCGAUAAAGCCCGCCUACUGAAGAAGGAUGCCUCCAGCAGCCCAGCAUCUACAGCCUCUUCAGGAAGUUCCACUUCCCUCAAAUCCAAGGAAAUGGGUCUGCAUGAAAAAGCCAGCACGCCUGUUCUGAAAUCCAGCACACCAACUCCUCGAGGUGAUGUGCCAACCCCAGGCACUAGUGCAACUCCAGGACUCCGUCCAGGCCUUGGCAAACCUCCAACAAUGGACCCUCUGGUUAACCAAGCUGCUGCAGGUUUGCGGACACCGUUGGCAGUACCAGGACCAUACCCUGCUCCUUUUGGAAUGGUACCUCAUGCUGGCAUGAAUGGAGAGUUAACCAGUCCAGGGGCAGCCUAUGCCAGUCUGCACAAUAUGUCACCCCAGAUGAGUGCUGCUGCUGCUGCAGCUGCCGUGGUUGCCUAUGGAAGAUCUCCUAUGGUUGGGUUUGAUCCUCCUCCUCACAUGAGAGUACCUGGAAUUCCUCCAAAUCUAGCAGGGAUUCCUGGGGGAAAACCAGCCUACUCCUUUCAUGUUACUGCAGAUGGUCAGAUGCAGCCAGUUCCUUUCCCUCCUGAUGCCCUCAUCGGCCCAGGAAUCCCUCGCCAUGCCCGUCAGAUCAACACCCUGAACCACGGCGAAGUUGUGUGUGCAGUUACCAUCAGCAACCCCACGAGACACGUGUACACGGGUGGGAAGGGGUGUGUCAAGGUUUGGGACAUCAGUCAGCCUGGCAACAAGAGCCCUGUCUCUCAACUGGACUGCCUGAACAGAGAUAACUACAUCCGCUCCUGUAAAUUGCUGCCCGAUGGAUGCACCCUCAUAGUUGGCGGGGAAGCCAGCACAUUAUCCAUAUGGGACCUGGCAGCUCCAACUCCUCGUAUAAAAGCAGAGCUGACAUCCUCAGCACCUGCCUGCUAUGCUCUGGCUAUCAGCCCUGACUCCAAGGUGUGCUUUUCCUGCUGCAGUGAUGGGAACAUUGCAGUGUGGGACCUGCAUAACCAGACAUUGGUCAGGCAAUUCCAGGGCCACACAGAUGGAGCCAGCUGUAUUGACAUUUCUAAUGAUGGUACCAAGCUCUGGACAGGAGGUUUGGAUAACACUGUCAGAUCCUGGGACUUGAGAGAAGGGAGACAGCUACAACAGCAUGACUUCACAUCACAGAUAUUUUCCCUUGGUUAUUGUCCUACUGGUGAAUGGCUGGCUGUGGGAAUGGAGAGUAGCAAUGUCGAAGUGCUACAUGUAAAUAAACCAGACAAGUAUCAACUGCACCUUCAUGAGAGCUGUGUAUUGUCACUCAAGUUUGCUUACUGUGGUAAAUGGUUUGUGAGUACUGGGAAAGAUAACCUUCUUAAUGCAUGGAGAACUCCUUAUGGAGCCAGUAUCUUCCAGUCCAAAGAAUCUUCAUCAGUGCUUAGCUGUGACAUCUCUGUGGAUGAUAAGUACAUAGUCACUGGCUCUGGAGACAAAAAGGCUACAGUCUAUGAAGUUAUCUACUGAAAAAUAUGACGGGGAUAUUCUUUCAGAGGUUGAACUGGGCCAAAAUUGUUUGUAGAAGUAGAAGGGUUUUGAAUUUUUGAAAGGAAGCAAAAGCAUUGAGGUUCCAGACCUUGCCAUGAAACUGCUCCGAUUUUUCAAAAUAGAAGGCAUCAUCCAGCAACCAAGUAUUGGCUACAUGGACCAGACGGAGCACAGAGGCAAGAUGGACAAAUGUAGCCUAGGUUUUUGACAUAAUUUUUAAAAGCCAAGUCUACUGAAGAAUGUUGGAGCCUUUUAUUUUUUUCUUUUUGUGACCUCAUGCAAAUUUUUCUCAUUGCCUGAAUAUGGGGGAUAAAUACCUUUCUGUUCCUUGCAGUUCAAAUUACAUUCUGUCCUGGGUAGAGCAGCAGUGUCUCAGAUGAACUUGUUUCCUGGUUUUGCAUCUUGUGAUAUGUUUUUGUAUUUUUGUUGAAGGUCAAACAUUUGUAUAAAUUGUAAAUAUAUUUAGUUUACUACAGUAAAGGCUUUAGUACCAACAACCAGUCUUCCCCCUUGCCCCCUCCCUGCUUGCCCUGCUUAUUUAAAAUUAAAAACCUUUUGGGGAUAUAAGUACCUUUUUAGAAACAAAAGCAAACACUAUGUAUAGUUUGAAAAUGGUGUCUUAUUCUUUAUAACUGUUCUUAGAUUUCUUUAUCAUACUUCAAAGUAGUUGAUUUGACAUAUGAGGAUAUCAAGUCCAGUAGAUAUUGUCUUGUUCUACAGAAAACUUAAAGGCAGUUUUGUACUAAUUAUAGUGUAAAUAUAAAAAUUGAACAUUUCAUAAAGCUGUGCAGUUUAAGUUUAUUCUUAUGUCCCAUGUAUAUGUUCUUUGGCAGAUACAGUAAUAUGUGCCUGAUCAUAACUCAUUUGGUCAUUUCUCUGGAAGGGGAGGUGACUUCCCUGUCCUUUUUUUCCCCCCAGCUGAACAGAAUUCACAUAAGACUACAUUUCAACUAAGUACAUCAGAGCCUUUAUUUGUUAUGUGAGGAUGUCUGUGAUUAGAUAAGUUUCAUCCUUCAUGUUUUACAGAGAAGUGGUGGUUAAUGACCAUUUCCUUUUUAAAGUCUUGUCUAUACUUAGAUACUCAGGUAAAUUUAACUAAAUUACCAAAAGUGUGAGUUUACAGGGGAUUGCUUAAAGAUGUUAAAUACUUGCAGGGUUGCAAGUGAAGAGAAUUAACCUAAACUAAGUUAAACUCGCUUCUUAAUUUCUUGUGAGAAUAUUGACAAAGGAAUAAUUUGAUUUUUAACUAAUCCACUCUACAAAUUAAUUAGAAUUAAUUUUCCUGAGUGUCCCAUGUUAUGCCGGCCUGUAGGCUCUAUGUAUUCAUGCUGAGCAAUCUUUGAAUCCUUUACAUUGUCGCAUCAUUGUGUGACAUCUGUGAAGAGCCAUGAUAAGCAGCCAGUUACCAAAGCUAUGCAUCUUCAAGUUUUCUUGGUGUACUCAAGAGCAAUGGAUGAGAAAAGAAUGUGUUCACUUUAUUUAACUAUUAUUUUUUCAGUCUAAUGUGUUCUACCACUGUGUGCUAGACAGCAAACGUUGCUGUUGCACUGGUGAGAGCAUACAUUUCCUACAUUCUGUAAUUUGGUUGCUAAUGGAGAGUACAGAUGAACAGGAUAUUUUUGAACAAUUAAUUUAGAUUACACAAACUGGCAGACAGAAGAAGAGCUGCUUUCUCAUUUUGCUUGCAUUUGACAAUGGCCUAUGUCCCUGCUCUUUCAAAGACAUGUCGCUAAGAAGAAACAAGCUUGACUGACAGAUGUAUUGAUUGGAUGAGUAAUUUUUUGUCUGGGAGCAAAUUUUAUCUAAAUUUCUAGUCUGAAGAGACACAGGUUUUCCUUUUGAUUUACAUGACCAUUUUACUGAAACUAAAUUGUGGCAUCUAAAACUGUAAUUGUCUUAACGUAUCAAUAUUCCAUUCAGAAUGCAAAAUAUUUCCCAUUCAGGAUAAUCUGGUCUCCUAGACCUUUAAAAUUAGCAUUUUAUCAAUAUGUAUCCAUAUAUAUCUUUGUUGAUUGAAAAGUUGUUAAUUUGUAUCUGUAUGAAAAUGACAGAUGAGUUUAGAUGCGAGUUAUGUUACUUUAGACGUAGUGGGGCAAAAAGCAGAAUCAUCAGGCUUUUCAAAGUAUGAACUAUAGUUGCUACACUGAAAUACUGGGAAGUGCUAUGCCAUUUUUAAAAGGGAAAGUUUUAAAACAAGAGUAUUUACAAGACUACUUGAUUUUUACAUUUUCAUAUUGAAAUUUCUCUGAACAUCUGGCUCUGGCAGUAAUCUUUGGCCUUAGCAGCAUUGGGAAAUUUACUUUAGGUAGGACCUUUUGGAUUUUUGUCAAACUGGUAUCACCUUCGCUUUUAUUUUAUAGGCAUCCUUUUGUUGUUCUCUGAAGUCAAUAUAAAAAAACCCUACAAGUGUAAUUGGUCUGCUAUAUGUUGUGGCAUAGGGCUUGCUAGUAAGAUCACUUGUCAAUCAGGAGGCUCAAAAUCAUAGCAUCAGGAAAAUCAUAAAACACUUUAUUUUCUUGGCUUCUAGAAUGUACAGUAUGUCAGAGCAGUUCUGGAAUCAGAAAUUUAUGUGUACAAAUUUAAUCAUAUUUGUACCAUGUAUUUCUUGAUUGUAAUUAAGAAAUUAAUUCCUUUUUUCCCCCAUAUCUUUAAGCCUUGGGUCUGAAAAUUAGUGGAUACAUCUUAAAGCUUGUGGAUGCAUCAUCCAUACUUGUGGAAGAGUACUUCUCUCCAUUUGUUGUUUCAGAUUUCACUUAAUGUUUAUAAAAUUGUGAGUCUUUUCAUUUGUCAGUAAAGCAUAUUCUACUUGCAGAUAUAAUUUUUAAUGACAAGAUAGAUUUGCUGAACUCCUAGCAUGUCUGUCUACACAAUCACCUGAAAGAUGUAAAACUUGUGAAGCUUAAAACUUUUUUAAGUUUUAAGCUUGUAGCCCUGUGUAAAGUAGUGGGUGGAAAUAAUUGCUUAUUGAAUGAAGUAACAGACUAACCAAGAUCAGCAGUAACUGAAAAGGCGCUGGGAAAACCAUGUGGGCAAGAGAUCCAGAUAUCCUUCUGUGCACGAGUAACUAUUGUAUAGGUAAUUCAUUUUUUUUUUGUGGGGGGUCAACUUAAACACAGUCCUAAAAGAUUCCUUUGGUUAGCCCCUUUUGAGACAGUCUUUGUGUGCUGGGUGGCCUUCAGUAUUCAGAGAUGUCUCAAUGCCACUCUGGCAAAUGCCAGUUCUGGAUAGAAGCAGGGAGUCCUUACAAAAGACAUUGUGGAUGUCAGUGCAAACAAUAACUGAUGAAGAGGGGAUUUGUGGUAAUACCAGUUCAACUGAGCAAAAUCCUUUGUCAGCUUUAAUAUGUAUAUUUUGUAUAUGUGCACUUGGUAUAACCCUUCAUAAAUCAAUUGUGCAGAAAGUAAUGAUUUCAUUCCACACAAUGUGUUUGUCAGUGUGUCAGACUUUCUUUUUGAUUGUAAUUCCAAGCAAUGGUAGUUCCCCAUGUUAGCCCACAAGCCACUGGUAUCUUGAGAGAGAGUUAUCAUCUACGUUAGUUCUUUCUAACUCAUUUGGCAUUUCAAAGGCUUUUGUUCCUUUAAAGAAAAGAGAGAGCACUGAAUGAGCAUCAUUUUCACAGACUGUUAAGUGUUAUUUUUUAAUAUAAACAUCAAUGUAGAAUCUGUCAUCUAGUCUCAUACAUACUUCUAUGUAUGAAUGAUUGACCCUAGAUUUGGCUUACAUUUUUGCAUUGGUGAUACAACUAGAAUUUCCGUAGCUUCUAAGUUACUAAAGUAGCUUUAACUCAGUUGACAAACUGAUUUUUUGUUUUGGUGUUUAAUUCUUGAUAGGGUUUUUUGUUUGUUUGUAAUUUUGUGGAAUGACUGGCCCACUUAGGAGCCCAUGGGAUUAUGUAGUCUAGUUAAAAUAGUCUUUCAUAUUUUCUAUUAUAUUGGUGCAAUUUUGAGUUGAUGGGGAAAUUCCACCAUUCUGUUAAUUAAGAAAGGUGGAUUUUGAAGUUUUUGGGCUAAGGAGGAGUACAGACUUCUGAUUUCGCACUACUGAUAAAGUGUUUACCCUUAAAUAACUUCACUGGAUAAUCUGGACUGACUCCAGCUCUGCUGUCUCUUUGAAGGAUUUUGGUUUUUUCUCCUACCACAAGCACACAGAAAGAAUUUGAGAAUGUAGGUCUAUGUAAGACUUCAGCCAAUUCAUUCUGUCCUGCCAGACAGACAUACUUCAUUACAUGAUGGGCAAGGUGAAGUAACUCAGAGUUGAACCUGACAAACACCAGAAUGCAGGAGAGUUAUGGCAGGGAAAUUCAUGGGCAGUAUCACUUCAGUUAGAAAAGCCCUCCAAGAUGAUCUAGUCCAACCUUUGACUGAACAUUAUGUGUAAACUAAACAAAAGCAUUAUGUGCUGCAUCCAGUCAUUUCUUGAACACCUGUGGGAUGGAUGACUCUACUACCUCCCUGGGCAGCCUGCUCCAAUGCUUGACAAUAUUAUCCUUGAGGAAAUUCUCAGGUCCAACCUGAACCUCCCCUGGCUCAGCUUGAAGCUGUGUCCUCUUGUCCUGUGGCUGAGAGGAGAGGCCAAGUGACACCCAACCUGCUACAACCUCAUUUCAGGGAGUUGUAGAGUGAUGAAGUCUCCCCUUUUCUCCAGUCUAAACAAUCCCAGCUCCCUCAGCCACUCCUUAAAAGACUUGUGCUCCAGACCUUUCACCAGCUUCUUUGCUCUCCUCUGAACACACCUCAAUGUCCUUGUAAUGAGUGGCCUAAAACAGAACACAGGAUUUGAGGUGCAGGGACAGUGCACCAGGGACAGGGACAAGGAAAAUCCCAGCUCUAUUCCUGCUAGACACACUAUUGCUGACACAAAUGAGGACACCAUGAGUCACCUUGGACACCUAGUCACACUGCAGGACAAGGGAAAAUGAGAACAUAGAAGCACAUACGUUGUAGGUGUAAUCUAACAUGCCAACUAUGCAAUUCACCUAGAAUGAGAUUUCAGUCAGAGAGUUCACUGAUGUCUGUUUCUCUGUAAAGUUGUUCAAAUGUUUCUGCAGUUAUUCAAGGACACCUGAGUUGUGUGUUUGAACUGGGAGUGGACAUUUCUUUGAUAUCCAUAAAUAUGUAGACAUCUCAUCCUAAGAGGAAAGGGAGUUAACUCAGCCAGUUCUCAACAUUUACCAUUACCUUUUAUUUCUGUAGCUCAAGAUCUGCUUCCAAGCACUUGAUAAUCCCAUUUUCAGCAACAUGCUCCCAAAUGUCCCACUGCAGUUUAAGUGCUUAGUGCUGUGUGGUAGAUUUUGCUAAGGAAACCAGACAUGUAAGAACUGGGUGCUUGAAAAAUCUGUCCUAUGGGUCUAUCUUACUGACAUUUCUGAGAAAUUUACCCAGGAUUUCUGUUCAGCUAUAUGGGAGAGCUCAAACACUCACUGAAACAUCUUCUAAAUCAGAAAAAUAUGUGUUUUGAACAUAUUCUAAGCACAUGGGUGGGCUUGGGUUUUUUUUCUUCGUUUGGUUUGUGGUUUUUCACUAUUUUCUGUUGAUUUAUUUCUUUUUUUCUUCUGACAUUACUUUAAAAACUUUGAAUUGAAUACAACAAGAAAACAUGAAGGGAAAUCAGAAGAAUGAAUAAUAGUCUUCAGAGGGCAGAAUGUUGUUGAAGACGCAAAGAACCUACUGCUUCUAUGAUACAUUAAUUCUUGAGAGUGAUGGAUUUCUAUUUCUUUGAGGCUAAAAGUGCUGCUCAGAAAACUGAAUACCAAAAAAUGUCUGUUGUGGGGACAAAUGUUAGUUACCAUUUUUAAAUCUGAGCAGUGUUUUUUGGGGGGUUGGGUUGUUUGGGGUUUCCCCCCUAUAUUUCUUAGAUCUGGGUCUCACAGUUCACUCCGAGAAGCUGAACAACAGUCCAUGUUCUUUCUGGCUCUAUGCUCUACUAUGCAUUUGUAAGAAUUUAGUUGCCUGCUAAUGAUAUAUAAUACACAGGAAAAUCUGAUUGAAUAUUUUAGUGGAUAGCUGCAUAAUUAUAUUGGGCAGUGUCUGCUGUAAUGAUUUCCCUUACUAAAGAAAGCACUCAGAUAUAAGAUAGCUGCAUUAUUCUAUACUCAUACUUUUAUUGUUUAUGGAAUUCCUGGUUUGGCACAGUUGACUCUUCCUAGAAAAAGUUCUGUAAUGGCUUCUGAGGUAAAACAUAAAAUUAUGAGAUUUUUUCUGUCCUAUAAUUUCACAUGUGAUUUUGCCCAUAUUUUGUAAGGUUAUAUUGAUUCAUAGAAGAGAUGCUGCAAGGAACUCAAUGUUUCUAUUGUGUACAGCUUGGCAAGGAUUGCCUUUGCUGUGUUCACAGCACAAAGGUAUCUCUCAAACCCUGUUUCAAAACCCUGUUUUCUGCCAAAAAUGAGUUUGAGGUGAAGAUAACACAUAGUCUGGAGACUAAGCAAUCAAACAUACUGUUAUCAUUAUCCCUUUUGUAUACUCUGUCAUUAACAUAGAAAAUGGAGAUGAUAGCCUGUAACUGCAAACAAUAAAUGCUGUUUUUCCUUUGAGCACUGAUUUUAAUGGCAGUUAAAAAAAGUUAACAAGCAGAAUGAAGGGGUCAUAAAUGAAAGUUAACCCACAGCAGUUGGAAACUGAGAAAUCCUUGUUACUUUCCUGGUAGUGAGCCUGAUUUGUUUAAAAUAAAAUCCAUCUGCUCAUUUCACAGUCUUUGUCACAUUUCCUUCAGUGAUCCACAGUGGAUUACCCCUUACUUUAAAACCUGUCUGCAAUUAUGAUAAGCUAAUAACUCUUAUUUUGUGGUUUGCUGUAGCAUAAAGUUUUGCAGAGCAGCAAAGAUGCCCUUUAUUCUUAAAAAAUAGUCUGCUAUUGGGGUUUUUUUGCUGUUGGACAUGAUUUUUUAAAAAUUAAAUUUCAAAUAAAUAUACAAUCUGAUGGCUUUGCAAAUUCGAAGUAUUUUCUAAUUGUUGAUGAAUCAGCCAAACACUUUUGUUAGGUAUGUAAAUGUCCUUAAUGUCCACCUGGUUUUUGCUUAGCAUGCCAUACAUGCAACAAAACUUGGGAGCGAUUCAAGUUUUGUGACCACAUUAAAUUUACUUACUGGAAUAAGUUUCCUUUUUCAUACAGAAAUCAGUUUACUACCGUGCUCCUUUGUGUUUCCUCCCGGAUAUACAUUAGAUCUCUAGAGAUAUUUUAAUGAGUUAUACAUACAUAAUGCUUCUAAUUUUUCUCUGUCUUUCUGAUUGUUAGAUAUGUGAGAUGUGUAUUUCUGACAGCAGUUGAGUGAAUAUUCACAAAUAUAUGAUAUAUUUGAAUUUUUGAAUGUGUACUUCAAGAAGUUUAUAGACUUGUAUAGAUAAAUCAUUGAUUUUCAUUUGUCAAAUCCAAGAUUUUCAAGUCCUGAUACUCUUGUAUUUUUAUCAGUGAAUCUGUUAAAGGAAAUACUUCUGGAUUUUGAAUGGUUUUCAUUGCUUUUUUUUAUUUGUUUAUGUAGAUACUCUUCUUUGUUGAGUACAAAUUAUUGACCUGGUAUUCUAUUUAUAAUUCUUCCUGGUUCUUCAGUAUUUUAUCUAGCUGUAACUUAUUAAAAACCACAAUUAUGAAAUGGGGAUAUUAAUGACAAGUGGUUUUAAUGUGAGAAUUUCAAAAUGCAUGUUAGAAUAUUUCAACACUUUGUUCACUGUAAUUUUACAUUUUUUCAUUACUUAAGUAAUUAAAAAAAAUCCUUAGGGUUGAAUUAGAGUAAAAUUUUAUACAUCUCAAUACUAAUUUUGUCUCCCAGUGGACAGCAAUAAUUUAGAUGGGAUUGUUUUUACUCUACCUAAUUUAUUCUUGGGCAGGGGGGAAGAGGAAAAAUAUUAACCUUGCAAAUUUUGCUAAUUAUAAUAAUUUCAUUGCUAUUGUUAGUUGUUUUUAAUAACCUCCAUGCCUUCAGAAAUUUGUUCUUCUAUAUUUUGAAGAAAACAUACAGAUAUACAGGGUUCUGUAAUAAAAUGUGUUUACAGUAUUUAUCCCCUGGGUUAGCUAUAACAGUAAGGGGAAGUACAGUGACAGAUACCACUUGCAAUAGUUGCUAGUGCAAUGUGCCUUUAAAUAAUUUUCUUUAGUUGUUAAAUUUUUUUGUAAUCUUAGGUGAGCAGCUUUAAAUCAGUUUCAUUUCUAGCGAAGUGGAUAUGACAAUACGUUCUUAGAGCUUUACUAGUCUUACUAAAUUUAAAUCUGCACGGUAAAUCGUUGCAUGGAUGGUUUUGAACUGAUUUGACUGCUCAGGUUAACUUCUUAGGUUUCAAAACCUGCUAGAGUAGAGGGAGAAAUUACCAGUUAUAUUUGGGGGUUUUUUAUUGCUUUCGUUUUGUACUAUAUAUAUCAGUGGUACUUUAUUACCACAGUAGGUGUGCUUGGUUUUAAUGUUGCCAUAGUUUGCUCCAUCUGUUUCCUUUGAAUUUAGCUUAAAAAUUAAUCCCUUUCCAUAGGUGUCUGCUUUGAACCUUAACAAAUAUGAAAAUAAUCAAAAUAUCUCUAUUUGAUAGAGACACUGUAUAUUUCUCUGUUUCUGAUGUGGAUGUUGUUUAGCAGGGCUUAUCUAGUUAAAAGGCAGUUAAACUAGUAGUCACACAUGAUCUGUGUCUGUCAUUCAUAGAAAAAGUGCAACAAAGUGAUAUGUGGUGGUAACAAUUCGGAAGGAAAAGAAUAUGAAAUUCAGAUAGCAGCUUGAACAAUUUACUGUUAGCAUGGGGCCCAAUAACACUACAAAGCUAUAAACUCUGUCUUUCUAGAUUGCCCAGUUAGGUGGCAGAGAUGCAAUUUGUCUUUUCUGAAGCCGCCUGCUGCUAGCUAGCUCCAUCUCCUGUCACAGCCUAUUAGCUCCCCAAGAAAAUUGGUGGGAAAUUGCCUGCAGAUUGUAGGAAAUUGCAUCUCCAGACCCGGGAAAAAAUGUAGGAUAGCACAACACUGAUCCUCCCAGAGCAGCUAUUAAUACAGCAAAAGAUGACCUUUGGCAUGGCGUGAAACGACUUUGCUGAAUAAAGACUGUAUUAUGUGUGGUUGAAGGAGGGAAGGAAUUAUUAUCCUAGCUAUGCUUGCAGUCAGCCUGUUCCAGGAAGCCUAAGUAUGAGCAGUAGGUUUUGCUGCUCCCAAGCUCAUUCCCCCUGGAAGGUGGGAGAAGACAUUUUGGAGCCUUAUACACAAAUUUCAUUGUAUAGAUGGGCAAAAACCCCAUUAUGUAUUUAAAUGAUGUUAGUACAUAUCCAAUUCAAAGGUUUAGUGACAAAGCUGAAAGGUAAUUUAUGAAGCUAAUUGGAAAAAAAGUAAAUAGGUACCUCUGCUCAGUCGAGUCUUGGUCAGACUAGGAACUUCUUGGCUAUUUAAUUCUAUUUGUAUAUACAUAUUAUACAUUUGAUUUUGGAGCAGUUACAAUGAAAAGGACCAGAUUUGUUCUGUAACUGUGAACUGUAAAAAGUCAUGGGAUACACAUUGCUUAUCAAGAUUUUAGCAUUAAAUUCCUUGCUGCUAGGAAGCUCACUUCUGUUGUGUUUAAACCAAUUCCCAUGUGUUCUUUAUGAUGUGAUAUACAAUGAGUUUCAUCCUCUGUCAUUUCUACUACAGCUACCUUUCUAAUUUGUACUUUACCUCAGUUUUAUAGGGCCUUUCAAUAAAAGACUCAACUUUUCUGUGAAUUCUGAGAGAGGGGGUAUGUAUAGUUAGGUUUUUCUGAAACAUAAAAAUAAAUGUCAGUAUUUUCUUUGA